AUGUAUUCUUCAGGUAAGGAAUUAUUGUCAUUGUCUGAUAUUAUGUCUGAGAAUAACUUGCAGUUUCUGCCUCCACAUUGGAUUCUGGUUAAACCUUUUGGAAUACCAGUGGGCCGGAUCAGGCCCAGUCAAAGACAAGAAACCCAACCCCCGACUCCAGCACGCUCGUACAUGAUUGAAGUUCACAUAAUGCUAUCUCUCAAGUCACACCCUCCUCUUUUAUUUUCUCUAUUCAACAAAUUAUCCUCUCACUGUCUCGCUUCCUUUCUCUCUUUCUCAGCCCAAUGCCAUUACCAAAACUUCAACGAAACCACUUCCAUAGUUGAUGACCUAAAUGCCAACUUCAAAUUCUCCAGAACCCAAUUCAUUUAUGUCUCUAAUCGUGUUUCACGGAUCAGAGUCCGUCAAAAUCCCUUGUCAGUGCUCAAUUUUUUCAAAGAAAUUGGCUUUACCCAACCCCAGAUUGUCUCUAUGAUUCGUCAGAGACCCCAGAUACUGUUUACAAACGUUGACAAAGUCUUGAGACCCAAAGUUCAGUUCUUUCAGCUAUCUGGAUUCCAGGGUUCCGAUUUAUGCAGCUUCAUUUCCAAGAGUCCCUCCAUUUUGACUCAUAGCUUGAAGAAAACAUUGGCCCCUUCAGUGGAAGCUAUUAGGAAAAUUGUGUGCGAUCAGAAAGAUUUUAUUCAUGUGUUGCACAGAUCUGGUUGGCUACUCGUGAAUUACAAAAAGUUUAUGGACAAUGUUGUCUUCUUGGAGAGCUGUGGCAUUGCUGGGCCUCAUCUUGCAUUGCUACUUAAACUAGAUCCAAGGUUUUUCAGUUCACCGCAGUCUUUUAUUGGAAAGCGUGUUUCGCGAGCUGUAGAAUUGGGUUUCCGUGAAAAUUCAAGAAUGCUUGUUUAUGCAAUUCAUACAAUUUGUUGUUUGAGCAAUAAAACAUUUGAGAGAAAGCUGAACGUAAUUAAUAGUUUUGGGUUUUCCAAGGAUGAGGGCUUGCAAAUGUUCAGAAGAGCCCCAACUUUGUUUAGAACAUCAGAGAAGAAGUUGAAGGCUGGAAUGGAAUUCUUCUUGCAUACAGUUAUGCUACCCAAGUCAGCCCUUGUUUAUCAGCCUAAGCUUUUAAUGUACUGCCUGGAGGAUCGCUUGCUUCCUCGAUAUAAAGUCUUCCAGCUGUUGAAAUCGAAAAACCUUUUUAAGAAGGUCCCCAGUUAUAUUCAUAUGUUUUGUUUGCCAGAAGAUAUGUUCUUGGACAAGUAUAUAUCACGGUUCAGAGAAAAUGCAGAGGAUUUAUUAGUAGCAUACAAGGGUCAUUAUCUCGAGGAAUAG